UAGGAAAAAUAAGCUCUACAGUCGUAAAUUUUUCUUUAGCGAUAGGGGACAGUGCCACGAACAACACCCUAACAGGCAGUUGGGUGGCGAUGCGUUUUAAGUUCUCUUCUUUACGUUUCCCUUUAAUAACAUGUAAACCGCGGCUUCUAGUGAUAACGUGUCCCAGUGCAAAACUGAAGUACUGGGUGAUUAUAAUUAAAAUUAAACUUUCAAAACGCUGUAGAAAUAACACCACUGGUCAGAAUGGCGUCAAAUUGCAGCGGAGUGUUAUCGGAGAAGGGAGAAAAGAUGUUCCGGACUCUGAAGGGUGUGGAAAAAGGUGUUGGUCCGAUGACUGCCGUGGGUCUGGAGAAAAUGAUUCGGAAAUUCGAAAAGACGGGUUCUUUUGGUGUGCAACCUGGUAGAGGGAGGAAACGAAUUGAUUCUACGUUAGUGGAAGCAGUGGACACAGCAAUGCAGGAGCAGACGAGUGGUGGUGUGCAAACGUGUAGUGCACGGAGAACUGCCCGAACAUUGGACAUAUCCGCGAGCACGUCGUUCGUGUUUCGGGCAGCAUCUUCGUCGACUUCGGUGUACAGCAUCGCGCGUAUGUCAAGAGAUUUUGUGAAGAAGAUCAGCCACACCAUUAUCAUUUGCUUCCACUUCCAUUCCAGGAGUGAACUCAUUUUUUUGAGAUUUUUGUGACGCCUAGACAGCCAGUUGUUUGCCAAUUUGAAGACACUGAUAACAAGAAAUGGCGUUGAUAAUGAAAUUGUGGUAAUACCUUUGUCUAGGUAACGUAUUUAAGUGAUUAACAUGGUAAGAUCACCGGGUGAUGUAAGUGCGAAAUAAACCAUUGCAAAUGUGAA